GUUCCAACGCGGCGAAGUCACGCACGAUCGAAUAUCUCCCGGAGACCCUUUCUCCAGUUCCACUCGAUCUGCUCUCCUGAAUCUCCGCUAGCACCGGCGAUGCCGACGGUGAGCGUGGGGCGGGACCGCCUCUUCGCCGCUCUCAGAAGGACCUACACGCGAGAGGAGUUCGAGGACUUGUGUUUCAGCUUCGGGAUUGAGCUAGACGAUGUGACGUCGGAGAAAGAAAUCAUCAAAAAGGAGAGGCACCUUGAAGAAGAAGAAGAAGCAGAAGAACCGGUCGCCAGUAAGGAAGUUAUCUACAAGAUCGAAGUCCCUGCUAAUCGAUAUGAUUUGCUUUGCCUCGAAGGGAUUGCUCAGGCCCUCCAAAUAUUUAAUAGGCAGGAGGAAGUACCAAAUUAUACCGUCGCCGCGAUUCCCAAGGAAUCAAUGCUCAGAAUGCAUGUCAGAGCAGAGACAUCACAGAUUCGUCCAUAUAUCGUUUGUGCUGUCUUGAGGGGCAUAACUUUUGAUGAAGCAAGUUACAAUAGUUUCAUUGAUCUUCAAGACAAGCUCCAUCAGAAUAUCUGCAGGCGGAGAACGCUUGUUGCAGUUGGGACUCAUGACUUGGAUACACUGGAGGGCCCUUUCACAUAUGAGGCAUUGCCGCCUCCAAGUAUAAAUUUCGUGCCCCUUAAACAGGUGAAAAACUUCAGAGCUGAUGAGUUGAUGGAGUUUUACAAAUCAGAUUUGAAAUUGAAGAAGUUCUUGCACAUUAUCGAGAACUCUCCUGUGUUCCCUGUCUUGUAUGAUAGCAGAAGAACUGUACUGUCUUUGCCCCCAGUUAUAAAUGGUGCUCAUUCAGCUAUAACUUUGAAGACGAAAAAUGUGUUCAUUGAAUGUACAGCCACUGACUUGAGGAAGGCCAAUAUUGUUUUAAACACACUGGUGACGGCCUUUUCAACAUAUUGCGAAAGGAAGUUCGAAGUUGAACCAGUUGAAGUGAUAUAUGCCGAUGGCAAGUCAUACAUUUGCCCUGAUCUCUCAAUUUACAGGAUGGAUGUCCCUGUAUCUUAUAUCACAGAUUCAAUUGGAGUUUCUUUGGAGGCUGAGGAGGUCACGAGUCUGCUUCAGCGCAUGCAAUUGAGUGCUGAGGAGUCGGUGUCCCCUGAUGGAAAAAGCAAGAUCACUGUAUCUAUACCCCCAACAAGAAGUGACGUGCUCCAUCCAUGUGAUGUUAUGGAGGAUGUUGCAAUUGCCUAUGGAUACAAUAAUAUUCCGAAGAGAAAGCCAGCAUCUCUGAAGCCCCUGCCCUUGAAUCAGCUCAGUGAUCUCAUCAGAUUGGAGAUUGCGACAAAUGGUUUUACUGAGGUCUUGACAUGGAUAUUAUGCUCGUACAAAGAAAAUUUUGAUAUGUUGAACCGGAAGGAUGACAAAUCAACAGCAGUUAUCAUUGGAAAUCCUCGCUCCGCUGAUUUUGAGGUUGUUCGGACUAGUCUUAUGCCAGGGAUACUGAAAACUGUAGGACAAAACAAAGACCACCCCAAGCCUAUUAAGAUAUUUGAAGUGGGUGAUGUAACACUGCUGGAUGACUCGAAAGAUGUGGGUGCAACAAAUCGACGUCAACUUGCUGCACUAUAUUGUGGCACCAACUCAGGAUUUGAGUUGAUUCAUGGCCUGGUGGACAGAAUCAUGGAAGUGAUUGGGACUCCUUUUGUCACUGUUGGUGACGACUCUGGUUAUUAUAUCCAGCUCUCAGAUGAGCCCGAGUUUCUUCCUGGAAGGCAAGCUAGCAUCAUUUACAAAGGGAAGCACUUUGGGAAUUUUGGCAUCGUUCAUCCUGAGGUCUUGAACAAUUUUGAUAUUCCAGAUCCAUGCUCCUUUGUGGAACUGAAUAUCGAGAGUUUUCUGUAGCUAGGAUUCUUAAGCGGUUAAAGUUUCAACUUCUCUCCGUUGGUAGAUGGGCCAUGUUCUCUACUUUACCCUCUAUAAAUGCAUACCAUUUGUUCCUUUUCAUAUCUCGUCCUGUUUCAGAUUGAGAUUACUUUAGUCAGACCUAUUAGGUUUGCAGCUAUAUGAAGACUAUGGGCUCCAAUUUGACUGAGACUUUGUUUUGAAAAAGUUCAUUCUCGAGUUCAGAGUAAGAUUCUGUUUUGACAGCAGGAGUUUGUCCGGGCUGUGUUACAUUUUCCUCUGGGGUUUGAUGUUGGUUGCUGCCUGCAUCGGGUCAUCGUAUCAAUCUAUUGUACUCAGUCUUGAUUACUUUCAGCAUAACCUUUUAGGGUUUGUAGCUUGGAGAAAACUCAGGCCCGACAUUUAUAACUGCACGGGCUAGGUUUGCCCCCGUGGUUGGAUCUUGUUUAUGGAAACCCGAUUGAAUUCAUGGAUU